UCUCCCUUUGAGGAGGUUUGGAGCUUUUUCAUACCUCGUUUUUUUUUAAUUAUAGUAUUAUUUUACAGCUUAUAAAGUGUCGGUUACCUCUGACGUCAUUUACACAACGAGAGGCGCUUGGCGAUCCUCCAGAGUUGAAUUCAUAAACAAACCGAUAUCAAACAAUUUCCUAAUCGAAAUAGCAGGAAAUAACACGAGUAAUGUGACAACAACUGUCAGUGGAGAACGAAAUGGAAUGGACCUGAAGAUAACAAAAUACGGUGCAGUGUAUGAUUACAGAUACACAAAAGUGAUUUCAAUCAGAAGAAAGAACUUACGAAGGCACAUUCUCACUAUGGCGAAUGUAAUAACCGAUAGCAAUGAGACCAAAAAACAUCUAGAUGACAGGCUAAAUCUUCAUCAAGAUUCCAUAACUAAGAUGUCUUAUAUGGUCGUCAAAAUAUGCUUCGAAAUGUUGAAUGCGACUGAGAAGCGUAUUUUUACGCACACUUGGGGUUAUAAGGACAAGAACGGCAAUUGGCAGGGAAUAAUUGAUCAUCUACUAAAGAAGGAAGCUGAUCUUGGUACACUUACAAUAUUCACGCAAGAGCGUAUGAAGGUUAUAGAUUAUAUAGCCAUGGUUGGGUCCACGGCUGUGCGGUUCGUGUUUAGAGAACCACCCCUGGCUUUGCUGGAGAACAUAUUCGCUUUACCGUUUACAACAGCAGUAUGGGUGGCCAUAUUCAUCUGUGUCAUGGGUUGCGCCUUGUUUUUAUACAUUACUUCGAAAUGGGAGGCUUCUGUUGGUAUGCACCCGUUGCAAUUAAAUGGAUCAUGGGCAGAUGUGCUGAUUUUGAUCAUCGGUGCCGUUCUGCAGCAGGGUUGUACUCUCGAACCUAGAUAUGCAGCAGGUAGGUGUGUAACACUCCUGUUGUUCGUGGCACUGACUAUUUUAUACGCGGCCUAUUCCGCAAACAUUGUGGUCCUGCUCCGAGCUCCAAGCUCUUCGGUAAGGUCUCUGCCAGACCUUUUAAAUUCACCUUUAAAACUUGGCGCAAGCGACUUUGAAUACAAUCGCUAUUUCUUUAAGAAACUAAAUGAGCCAAUAAGAAAAGCUAUCUAUAAUAAAAAAAUUGCACCCAAAGGCAAGAAGCCUAAUUUUUACACGAUGAAAGAAGGAGUCGACAAAAUAAGAAAGGGAUUAUUCGCUUUCCACAUGGAAUUAAAUCCAGGGUACAGGUUAAUACAAGAAACAUACCAAGAGGAUGAGAAAUGUGACCUCGUGGAAAUUGAUUACAUCAACGAAAUUGAUCCUUGGCUACCGGGACAGAAGCGUUCGCCUUAUAAAGAUUUAUUUAAAAUCAGCUUCAUCAAGAUCCGUGAAACGGGUAUUCAAUCAAACAUCCAUCGUCGUCUCCAUGUUGGCAAACCGAAAUGUUCCGGGAGCAUUUCCACCUUCAGCAGUGUCGGGAUUACUGACAUGUACCCAGCCCUUAUCGCUACGUUGUAUGGCAUGCUGAUUUCUGUCGUCGUACUUAUACUAGAGAUCACUUACAAGAGGUUAUUACACUUAAGAGAGAAAAGGAGAUUAUUAAGAAAAUUAAUAAAUUGAAAAAAGAACAGUGAAAACUUAUCACAUUUAUUUAACUGUAAUGUAGCUUACACUGAAUUAGAAAAUAAAUUCACCCCAAGA